GGUCCCCUCUGCCCAUGCUGUCCCACCCCGUCAUCAGACUGAGCUCCAACAACCCCCCUGACAUCCUGUCAGGAGUGACCAAUGUAAACUCUAUUCUCACCUCUUUAACCGUCUGUUCGCCCUCCCCUGCUCCUCAAAACGACCGCCGCAGCUCAAGCCUUCAAUCUCAAGUCAGCUCCUCCGAUUCAAACCCUGGAAGCGAAGCCAUAUCUGCUGAAGAAGUCUCAAGUGAAAACAACAAGCCAUCCACUUUUACAUCAUCCUCUCCACACUCGCAGUCUGCUGGUUUGACCUAUGAGCCCAGCGCGGAGGCCCAAUCACCAACCUCUGAGCCCGGAUUUGACCCGUCCAACCUGCACUCUGAACAUUUACCUCUGGACGACCAUCUUUACUCCUCCAACGCGGCUGCUCCUCCCUCCCCUCCCGUCGGAUCCAUCCUCCCCUCCGAUAAGCUCGACCCUCUGGAUCCUCUAUCUCCAGAGGGGUCACCCAAUGCCAUGGCGUCCCGCAGGGUGCUGUACUGCCAGCUGUGCCCGCGGGUCUUCUUUUACCUCUCCGACCUUGAGCGCCACGCCAUCACGCACUCGCAGAAGAAGCCUCAUGUUUGCCAGCAGUGCGGCAAAGCCUUCAAACGCUCCAGCCAUCUGCAGAGACACAGGCACAUCCACACGGGCCAGAGGAACUUUGUGUGUCCCAUCUGCGCUAAACGCUUCAGGGAGGCCGGCGAGCUGCAGCGCCACCAAAGGGUGCACACCGGAGAGAAACCCUACCAGUGCCAACUUUGCCACACGCGCUUCGCCGAACGCAACACGCUGCGCCGACACACCAAACGCAAACAUCCUUAUCACCAGGUAGCCAUGGAAAUGCUGAACGAGAGAAGAGACAGAGGAGGCGAUGUCGGAUCCGGAGUGCAGGACGAAGAGGAGAGCGCCGAAUGGUACAGCUCCACUGUGUCCAAUUUGGAAAACUCAGAGUCUGAGAUGGAAUCUUAAAAUAGUUUUCUGCAGAUAAACUCGAAAAUGAAGGGAAAGAGGAUAAUCAUAUGUAACUCUGGUUGGACACUAAACUUUUCUCAUUUAUUAACACUAAAAAAAAAGGGAGCACUUGCAAUAUUUAUUUCAAUGUUUUCAAGCUAAUUUAUUUAUAUGAAUGUAUGUUAUUCCCAUUCCACGUCGUGGUCAAAACUUCAUAAAUGAUUUCGACAUUGGCCUUCCUGUAUGAAAAACAGUUGCAUAAAUGUAUAUGCAUAUGAAACAGGAAAUGUAAUGCUUGAAAUCAAUUUUUCAUGUGAGUUCAGAAUAUUAAUUAGACUUCUAACGCACCCACAUGAAGUCGCAUUCCCAUACAAUCUAAUAUAAAACCCUUAAGUGCUCUGAAAAGAACGAUAACUUAUUUACUCUAAACAAUCUUCUGCUCUAGCUGUGUAUAUACAAAGUACUACUUGUAAGAGCUGCACUUCUGCACUAUCUUAUGUGAAAGAUUAAUAAUCUAUCUUUCUUACCGUCAGAGACACUGUGAGUCAUUUGCACUUGUUUUAUUUCAAUAUUCACUUUUUUUACAUUGUGAAGAAAAAAACGCUUACUUUAUCUUUUGUUGCAGCUGUCGAUUUUAAGUAUGUAACUCAUCAUGUGAGAGUUUGACCAAAUGUUUUUUGAGUUAUUCUAACAAACACUAUAUUCAGAUUGUUUUUUUUAUGUGA